AUGUCUACAGACUCUGAAGGGAAAUCGUCUCUUGAAUGCGGUAGCGAACUGUUGAAACGUCAAUUCCUAUUCGACCCUGGCUAUAGGAACCUCAACCACGGUAGCUUCGGUACUUUUCCACGUGUGGUAAGAGAUGAACUGAGGCGAUCCCAAGACGAAUGUGAGGCAAGACCUGAUAGCUACAUUCGCUUCGCCUAUCCGAAAGCGUUAGACGUAUCAAGGGAGGCCGUCGCAAAUCUGGUUAACGCCCCUGUGAACACUUGCGUUUUUGUUCCUAACGCUACUACUGGUGUCAACACAGUGUUGCGCAACCUCAAGUUUACAGAGGGAGAUGUCAUUCUGUAUUUCGCCACGAUCUAUGGCGCUUGUGAAAAGACUGUCGGCUACAUCACAGAGACCACCGCCGCCGAGUCGAUGAGGAUUGAUGAUCACAUUUACCCUAUGUCGGACGACGCGCUAUGUGAGUCGUUUGAGAGGGCAGUUGCGCAGAUCAAAGCCGCCGGCAAAAAGCCCAAAGUUGCGAUCUUCGAUACUAUCGUGUCGCUACCUGGCGUGCGCGUUCCAUUCGAGCGUCUCGUUACUGCGUGCCGCGCUCACGGUAUCCUGUCGCUUGUGGAUGCUGCUCAUGGCAUCGGCCACAUCCCCCUGGACCUAGCACAACUCGAUCCAGAUUUCUUCGUCUCUAACUGCCAUAAGUGGUUGUUCACACCCAGAGGUUGCGCCCUUCUCUAUGUCCCAGAGAGGAACCAGGGUCUUGUCCGUUCAAGUCUUCCCACCAGCCACGGCUUCACGCCUUUGCCGAAAAGCAGUGGGCCGAUAAACAACCCCCUGCCGCCCAGCGCGAAAAGUGCAUUUGUCACCAACUUCGAAUUUGUAGGCACCAUUGACAAUGCGCCAUACCUAUGCGUGCCCGCUGCUCUCAAAUUCAGGCAAUCCGUAACCUGGCAAGGCAAGAGCGGUGAAGACGCAAUCAUCGGCUUUUCGCAGAACCAAGCACGCGAGGCAGGCAAACUGGUGGCUGACAUCCUCUCCACCGAGGUCAUGCAGAAUGCCGAAGGCACCCUAACCAGAUGCAACUUCGCCAAUGUCAGGCUGCCCCUUGAUUUCACCACUCUUGCGGGUGGCGAGACACAGAAGGCAGUCAAGAUCGCCCAGUGGAUCUCAAGGACGCUGGUGGACGAAUACGAGACCUUCAUCGCCAUCAUCUUCUAUGGAGGUGCCUUGUGGGCCCGCCUCAGCGCGCAGAUCUACCUCACCAUGGACGACUGGGAGUGGGGCGGGAAUGUUCUGAAGCAAGUCUGCCAAAGAGUCGACAAGGGGGAAGCUUCGGAAGAGUAG